CUAAUCCUCCAUUUUUUUUCUUAUUACAAUUGGCACUUGUUCAACAGUUCAAUAUUCAUCUCUUUCCUUCGUGUCUGAAGUCUGAACAACCGUACACGGGCUCAAAAGUCCAGACUUUCCCUGAGAAGUUUCGCCAAGCGACAUGGAGUCAUGCCCCUCAAUAAAAAACAUCCUACUCUUGGAUUCUGAAGGGAAGCGUGUUGCUGCCAAGUAUUACUCAGAUGACUGGUUGACAAAUAAUGCAAAGGAAGCAUUUGAGAAAGCUGUAUAUACUAAGACUCUAAAGACAAAUGCACGGACAGAAGCUGAAAUAGGAAUGUUUGAGAAUAACAUCGUUGUUUACAAGUUUGCUCAAGACCUUCACUUUUUUGUCACUGGGGGUGAAGACGAAAACGAGCUCAUCUUAGCCACUGUUCUCCAGGGAUUUUUUGAUGCAGUUGGCAUUCUUCUUAGAGGUAACGUGGAAAAGAAGGAGGCACUAGAAAACUUGGAUCUCAUUCUAUUAUGUAUGGAUGAAAUUAUUGACGGCGGUAUUAUUCUUGAGACAGAUGCAAAUAUUAUAGCGGGGAAGGUUGCAAGUAACAGUAUGGAUUCUGGUGCCUCUUUGUCUGAGCAGACAAUAAGUCAAGCAUUAGCCACCGCCCGCGAACAUCUAACAAGAUCCCUCCUUACAUGAUGAUUAUGUUGGACAAGCACAGAGGAGCGGCGAGGGAACAUAUUUUUGUGUACUGCUUGGCUCCAAUAUUUUCGGUGUACUCAAAUUUACUUUAAUCCUGCAAGGCUGCAUGCAUGUUGGUAGCUUCCUUAAUUUGAAUCAAUUUGUUUUCUGUUCUCUUUUGGUUAACUUGAUUAAUUUGUACUUUGGAGGCAGUAAGAUGAACCCCUGCACACAUACAUAACAAGUAUUUGGAUUUUCAUGGUAGAAUCAAACUCCCCUACUGGCUACUGCCCAAUGCUUUCAAUUGGGGGGCCUCGUACGUUCGGGCAUGUUUGAGUAAUGAAAUGAGAUUAAAAUUUUGUAAAUAGCAGUGAAAUAGUUUGUGAAUGGUAAUGAAAUAGUUUGACUUAA